GCCCGGUGCGGCCGCCAGUGCCCCGCGCCCGACCGCCGCCGCGGCUGCCGGGGACGAUGGAGCCGGUGCCGCCGUGGGGCUUCUCCGAGCAGCAGUUCCAGGCCGCCUGCCGGGAGCUGGACCAGCCGGCGCCGGCGGCGGGGGGGCCCUGGCAGCUGCUGGUGGAGACCAUGGGAGUGCGGAUUUACCGGCUGUACGACGAGCAGUCAGGACUUUAUGAGUAUAAAAUCUUUGGUGGCCUUGCUGACUGUCCCCCAGAGCUGUGUGUGGAUGUCUACAUGGACCUAGAGUUCAGAAAGCAGUGGGAUCACUACGUUAAAGAACUGUAUGAGAAAACCUACGAUGGAGAAAAAGUAAUCUACUGGGAAGUGAAGUUCCCAUUUCCUCUCUCAAACAGAGAUUAUGUCUAUGUUCGUGACUGCCGCGAGAUGGCUGUGGAUGGGAGGAAGAUCUGGGUUGUGCUAGCUCGGAGUGUCUCUGUUCCUCAGUGCCCUGAGAGGCCUGGCAUCAUCAGAGUGAGCAGCUACAAACAAAGCCUGGUGAUUGAAAGUGAUGGCAAGGCUGGAUCGAAGGUCUAUAUGUACUACUUUGAUAAUCCUGGUGGCAUGAUUCCAUCGUGGCUGGUCAACUGGGCUGCCAAGAGUGGUGUGCCUGCUUUCCUGAAGGAUAUUCAGAAAGCUUGCCAGAGUUAUCCCAAGAGCACAUAGUCUGGAGUUGAUCUGACCUGCUUCAUCCUGGAGCUCUGCACUGACAGGAGUGGCUGUUAACGUCUCACACUGGAUAAAGCCUACCUCUAACAGUGGGAAGAAUUCUGCUGUGCUUGGUUUAUGCCUUCAGUUUUAUUGAGAUUGUUGUUUCCACCUCUAGCAAGAGCCAGCCACUGGCAGGGCAGCACCAACAUUAGCUGCAUCCUUUUGGGAGCACUGAAGUUUUAGCCUUGUCCCCCAUGCUUUGCUUCUGCUCGUUGUCAUGUGUCAGCUGGAGGAGUUCUGCUGGCUGAAAUGUUAGAUCCUGGAGCAGGAGACAACAAUCUUGCUAGGAAAAAUGUCUGAAUUUGGGCUGAAAAUCAUGCCUGGGUCUGCCUCUGUGGCCUUGCAGGGUGGCUUCCUGCUGAAACUCAACAGUGGGACUUGCACUGCUUAGAAGGAAAUACUUCUGCUACCCGAGACUUUCAUCCUCAAGCUGUCUGUGUGCGUGAACCUCAAAAAUGCUGAGGGCAUGGAGGUGAAUUGCCAAGAGUCUGCAGAAGGACCUGGAAUUCUGUGUUACUAAACUUCCUUCUGAUGGCUUUAAGUCCAGGUGCAAAAGGACCUGUGCCUAAAGCUUUGCAUUCACAUCCUAAUGCCCCCCCUGUCUGAAAACUAAAACCAUCAGCUGUGUCCUGCCAGGACAGAAAGCAGGAGCUGGCUCCCACGUCUGCUGUGAGGGGAGCAAGGUACACCUUCAGAGUCAGCCUUGGCUGCAAAGCAGCCUGGACACCAGCUUGAAACUGGAAAUGAUUUCCAACUGAUGCCUGCAGCUGAGUGUGAAUGAAGGGGAUGUGAAACUUGGGCUUAUUUCUGUUGUUAAAUGUCAUGCUGCUGUAAAGGAUGGAACUGUGAUUUUCUGGGUGGUAAUCCACUGAAAGCAGAACUGAGCAGCAAAUGGAACCUCCAGCACCUUUGGUAGUGGGGGAGGAUGGAGUGCAUGAAAGAUGAGAGGGCCUUGGCCUCAGGGAUUUAAACAUUCUGCACUGCUACCACAGCUGAGCCUGGGACUGGACAAUUCUUGUGAUGGAGCAGCUUUGCCUUUUUAAGGAGCUGGUGGAAGUGGUUGCCUUUCUACUUGGUGUAAAUAUUGGUUUCCAAUAAAUCAGUAUUUAUCCAUGCA